AUGCCCACAGCAAACGCCACUCCCGGCGCGCAGUCCGCUGCCACUUCCAGUGCCGGAAUGCUGUCCCCGUUUGUCAGCGAGCUUGACAAGAUUGCCCCAUCAUUCAGGAUCAACGGAUCGCAAAUUCGGGUUCUCCAAUCGCCAACCGAGUUCUACGAAACCCUCAAGGACAAGAUUCGCAAUGCGGAAAGACGCAUCUUCCUGUCGACACUGUACAUUGGGAAGUCUGAGAAGGAACUGAUCACUACACUCCAAGAGGCGCUGCGCUCCAAGCCGAACCUCAAACUCAGCAUCCUUACCGACGCCCUGAGAGGCACACGCGAAGCCCCUGAUCCAUCAUGCGCAUCACUUCUGGCCCCAUUGGUCGAGGAAUUCGGCCCAGAUCGCGUUGAGAUCCGCAUGUACCACACACCGAAUCUCACAGGAUUCAGAAAGAAGCACAUCCCGAAGAGAAUAAACGAAGGAUGGGGUCUACAACACAUGAAGCUGUACGGCUUUGACGACGAGAUCAUGAUGACCGGCGCCAACCUGUCCAACGACUACUUCACCGACAGGCAAGAUCGCUAUCACCUGUUUUCGUCCAGGGACAUCACGGAAUACUUUUCCAAUUUGCAUGAUGCCGUAUCGUCACUCAGCUUUCGCAUCGACCCAUCCGACGCCCCUUCCGGCUUCGACAUGGUGUGGCCCAAGGACAACGCCCCCCCAUCCCCUCUGGAAGAUCACAAGCAGUUUGUCAGAGAAUCAACAGGAUUGCUGGCAGGUCUCAUCUCACCCAAGACUGCGCCGCUGACCGCCAAUGACUCCACGCCAUUGGAAAAGCGGGAUACAUCUGUUUACAUGCUCGCCCAGUUCUCGCAAUUACUGUCGCCAGACACAUCGACAGAACUCCCGGCCAUCACGCAUAUUUUGAGCACCCUCGCCGCCCCACAAUAUUCCAAGUCAUCUUGGACAUUUACCGCAGGAUACUUUAACCCUGCCCCAUCGCUGACCAAGCUCCUUCUGUCAACCGCAUCGCAAAAUAAUACUGUUAUUACAGCUUCACCGUAUGCCAACGGCUUCUACAAGUCUCCCGGCGUCUCAGGACUGCUACCAGAUGCGUACACACUGCUUGCCCGGCGCUUUGUGCGCGCAGUUCAUGAGAAGAAGCUGGACGCAUCUACGGUAAUGAAAGAGUGGAGGAAGGGCACGGUUGGCGAGCCUGGAGCUUGGACGUAUCACGCAAAGGGUUUGUGGGUGACUCUACCAGACAACAAUGGUCCAUCCAUAAGUCUGAUCGGUAGCUCCAACUACACUAAGAGAAGCUACUCGCUGGACCUGGAAGCCAACGCUCUCAUCGUGACGGAGAAUGAGAGUCUGAAGAAACAACUGGCCAACGAGCAAAAUUGGCUGCAAGAAAAUACCACGGUGGUCACCCGAGAGGACUAUGCCAAGACUGAGCGCCGCGUCGGUCUCAAGGUGCGCAUUGCGAUGUUGAUCGUGCGGCUUGUGGGAGGUGCUUUGUAA